ACCACGAACUGGGAUACUAUUCCUUAAAUACAAGGUUACAUUAUUAACAUUUUGUUAUCCAAGUACAAAUGAUUGAUAAAACAAAAGAUCAAAUGAACAAAGUCACAUCAAGUUGGUACUAAAACCAGUGGCAUUCAAGGGCUUCCAUACAAAUGCAAAAGUAUCAGCAAAGAUACUGGUAUGUUGGCGUAAGGGUUAUUUUAAGUUUAUUGUUGACUUCCAUGUUUAAACAACAUAUUUGCGAUACAGAUUUUCUUAACUUAUUUUCUUUUUGAAUGGUCCAUAAAAAAAUGAUUUUGUUCACAACAUGAUAAUACACUGUGAUUUUAUGUGUGUGUAAAAUUAAAUAGGCCUUAAAACCUAUUUGCAAGAAAACGUGUACAAUGUCACUUCUGAACUGUAAAGUUUCCUUCCUCCUUUCUUAGUAUCUUCUUUUUAUAGAACGUCUCAAUUGAAGGCACUGUGCGAUUGGCCAUGUUUAGGGAAGUUUGUGUGCAUCCUCUUCAAACCUAAAAUGAACACUACAAGUGGUACAUGUAUGCUGUAAGCGUGUAAACAGGAUAUUUAAAUAUAUAUCUCGAACGUUAAAAAAGCUGAAAAAUUUUGACACGAAGCGAUUGUAAAAAUAUUUUCCGAGCCGUGUUCUAGCAAUUUAAUGGCAUUUUAUAUAACUGCUGCAUUUUUAUCCAUUAUCGGUGUGGUGUCAUUGAGGUAUAUUGAUGGAUCCCAAUGUAACAAUCCCUUUGACAGGCUGUUCAAUGAUAGAGAUGUUAUAAAGCUAUUGGAAGAGGUAAUCGGUCAUUCAUCUUGGUUAGACGAAAUGUUCUCUGCAGAUAGUUUUACAACAGCAGAAGCUGACUGCAAAGGAAAUACCAGUUGUAGAGUAGAACUUAUAUUCCAAAAUAGAAAUAAGAUGGAAUUGUGCAUUUUGUUGGAAAAGAGAGAAUGUUUUUCACUGAACUGUACAUGUGCGGAAUAUCAAAAUAGAGGACCCAAUCUAAAUCGCGGUGACAGUGAGUUAAAAUGCAACCAUAAGAAAAAAGAAGUAAUGUCGAACGCGUGUGACAAAGAGGGGGAACAAUUUAACACCACUGAUGAGACAGCUAAAGAUGACAAUAAAACAAAUCAUGUAAUGGUGAUAGAAUCAAAUAAACAAAAUAACAUCCGCAAUAACACAAGAGGAAAUGGAUCAAACCUAAGAAAUAAAGAUAAAAACAAAUUUAAACUAUUACCAAUGGCAAUAGCAUUCAUAUUGGGAACAAUUGUUGGUUCGGCGGUGUCCAUUAUUGCAAUCAACUUAUGCAAUUCAAGAACGAUAAGGCAAAUUCAAAACCAUCAGCAAACAGAUUUAUGUGAGGAAACGGCAUUACAUAGCAAAUUCUCGUGUGAAACCUCAGAGUACUCUGAAAUUCCAGAAUACAAUAGGAACAAGCUUGGUGCAGGUUUUCGCGAAUAUUUGGAACCUUUGCCAAAGAAUAACACUGUGUCGAGAGAAACAAUUCCUCUUGAAAACCUUUACGAGAAGGAUGAAAGCAGCCAAUACCAAGAAGUAUCAUUAGACAGAGGAAACGCCAACCAUAAUAUUUAUCACCAUCUCCAACCAAACAAUGCAACCAAUCAACAAGUGCCAAUAAGAAAAGAAGAAAGUAGUGUCAACCCGCUUUACCACACUUUGGCUUUAGUUGAUAGAGAAAAUAAAGUUGAUAUCAAUUCUGAUGAAAAUUCCUAUGAUGCUGCGCCGAGUUUGUUGAAUGAUAAAUCUUCUCGCAAUUCUGAUGCGAAAACAGGACACAUUCAGAAAGAUGAAAUAUCAAGUGGAAGUCCUUACUUGAUGUGUGAAAAUAAAGAACAAAUAACAGAGAAAGUAGAGACUGAUGAAGGAUCAGAUGAACUUAAAGUAAAUUCUAACAUCGAUAAUACUUACUUUGUACUGCAGAAAAAGGAAUAGUUAUGAUAGUUGUUUAUAAACGUUUCAACAACUGAACAAGUAGACUUUGUAUAUUCCUUUGACUGAAGAACAAUUUAUUGAUUUACAAAACUCCGUGUAUCAUGAAAAUAUUUUGCAGAGGAUUUGAUUUUUUUGGUUGAGUUUUACUUCGCCUGAUCAUACGACUCGCAUGAACCUUCUGAUUUUUAAGUUGUCUAUUGUACACAUAUUUUUUUCGUUGGUAUAAACUUUAUAUGUAUCCUUUUUCAUCUCUCUUCCCCAAAAUUACUUCGUCUAUUUGAACCAAGGUAUAUAUAUAUUAUAAUGUAAAGCAUUGUAAGUAAAUAAUAAUGUAAUUAAUGAAGGUGAUAGAGGCCAAAAUACUACACUUUUUAAUUAUUCUACAUAAUUCAAAAUCUUUUCAAAAAAGGAGCAAUAUCCUAAUAAAAAGAAUAUUCUUCUAUGUUCUGACUUAAUUCAAACUUUCAGCAUAUUUAUCACAGUGUAGUAACACCAUGUUAUAUGGGUCUGAAACCCCCACUC